AUAUUUUCUCGCCCCCCCAAAAUAUGUCAGCGUCGUACUGUCCUAACCCUCUUAGACGUAAGCGGGAUUGCUUUAAAACAUAAAAAAAAAACACGCGCCCUCCGGCAAAUAUGUCAUGCCCGAACAACGUGGCAGCCGGGUCCUUUCUGAUGGACUCGCUGGUCGGGGGAACAUCGCCGUACAGGGGUGAGGGCUAUUCCACCACCAACCCCGGGAUGUAUAUGCAAGCGCCCGCAGAAUAUGGCUGUCAGAUGAUGAGGAAUGUGGGCAUCGUAGGUGCAACACCUCUCUCCAAGCGGGACGAGUUGCCGCCGAGCACGCUGCCGGUGAACGUCUAUCACCACCAUCACCAGCAGCAGCCGCACGCACAUUACCUGUCGCAGCGGGACGCCUGGACAGCGGGCUCCAAAACUUACAGGGGCGCGCAACCUGUUGCCCAGCCCCUGCACCCUUGCUCGUUCCCGGCCAGUCACGUCAAGGAGGAGGCUCUGCCCUGCCUGUACCAGGCAGACAUUGAUAGUCCCAAGGAAUCUGCAGAGGAGCCGUCUACGACUUACAUCCGCCUGGGGGACAAUGGCAGCCACUCGGAUAAAAGUGGCGUCUCCGCCUCCGAUUAUUUCCGAGGGAACCAGGUGUACGCCAGCGAGCAGGGGCAGCACGGAGACGGCUUUGCCUCGGACUUUAACCCGCUGCCCAGUUUAACGACACCAGUAGAGCCUCAGGCUACAGAUGUCUAUGGCAAAGACGGCAAAGCAAAAGAGGACGGAGCCAGGGAGGAGACCACCGCGGAGGAACAAGGCGCGGAAAAGAGGCAGCUCAGGAAGGAAGAGAGUGGGCCUAAGACAGACAGCUGUACAGAUGAAUCUGAGAGUGAACUGAAAGAUGAAGUAAAGCUGGAAAACACUACGGGAAACUGGCUGAAAGCUAAAAGUGGACGCAAGAAAAGGUGUCCCUACACAAAGCAUCAGACACUUGAGCUGGAGAAGGAGUUCUUGUUCAACAUGUACUUGACUCGAGAGCGCCGUCUGGAGAUCAGCAAGAGUAUCAACCUGACAGACAGACAGGUCAAGAUCUGGUUUCAGAACAGAAGGAUGAAACUGAAGAAGCUCAACAGAGAAAGUCGAGUCCGGGAGCUAACUGGCUAUAACUUCAACUAAAGCCAGAAUAAAACAAACAAACAAACAAACAAACAAACAAACAAACAAACAAUCAAGCAACAACAAACACAAAAAAUGAGCAACAUUUGGCGUUACCUGCAAGUUACCUCCACACUGAAACAAAUGGCGCUUGAAACAAAUUAAAAACAUUUAUCUGGUUCAGAUGUGAAUUUACACGUGAAUAAAAAUGGAUUGCAAUCAGGUUUAGCUUGAUGUUACACAUACGUGUUAUCUUAUAAGACUCAAAAUCACGUAAAUCCAAGUAUUUUUUUUUUCAGUGCAUUAUUUAUACAUCGCUCUCUCUGUCUCUCUUUCUUACUCUCUCUGUCCUUCUCUCUCUCAUACACAUAAAGUCCAUUACAGCACAAGACGGGGACUUGAAAAGCAACCUGGAAUUUGACAUUAAGGAACUCUUUUGAACGCAGAAUUAACAGAAUUGUUUUUUCAGCACCUCAGCACAGGCCUACCUGCACAAAGCCACAUAGUAAAAAAAGUCUAAAUAUGAUACCGGUGCAUAAUUGGUGCAAAAUGGUAGCUACCGGGAGUGUCUUGCUAAAAGCAGAAGUUGCUUUCUUAUUAGCCUGCCCAACAUGAGUUGUCCUUAUGUCUUAGAUUGCCGUGUUUGUCAGUUACGUGUGCCCUCAUCAUGGCGUAUUCUGUAUUUUGCAUGCCUAUUUGAUGUUUUGUCCAUUUGAUUUCUAAUCCGAGAUAUGAAUAAAAAGGGGGUUGGGAAAUCUAAUGUCCUGGUAUCUCCUUCCCCUUGGACAUCAUCUUUGGCAUUUCUAUUGAGAAAGAGAAAUAACGGUAAGGAGAGAAAGAGAGAGAGAAAGAGAGAUAGAAAGAGAGAGAGAGAAAGAGAGAGAGAAAUAUAGAACGUGUGUGAGAGAAGGAGAGCAAGAAAGAAAGAAAGAAGGAGAGAGAGAUAAAGAGUGAGAGAGAAAGAAAGAGAGAGAAAGUAGUUUGCGUGCGAGAGUGAGAGAAAGAUUGUAGCACUUCCAAUAAGAGUGGGAGACCCAUAACGUUGAUUUAAAUAUUAUCCAGGUGACCACAGUAAGUCAAGGUCAUAAAAUUGUAAUGUCAUGACGGUCCUGGAACAGCGCUGGGGGUGGAUUUUAUGAUCUGCAAAUAUAAUGUGCUGGUGCAGUAAAGAUGCAUUAAAAGCGCAGUGGAGGAGGGCUAAUCCACAUAACCGGGACUGCAACGCACCGGCCUCACUGGUGCGCUCUGCGGGCUGUCUGGCUGCUGUUGGAGGUUGUAAGCUUCCACAAUGGCUACUGAGAAGCACACGAAGCUAAGAGCUGUAUGGAUAUAUGAUAACGACAGUGACAAUAACAACAAUGACAGCGACGACGUCGACGGCCAUGAUAAAUGUGGGAAUCAUACUACAGAUAAACAGAACGUUUUGAGAGAAGAAUGAAAAGCUGUUUUGCGACGGGAGGAGACAGUCUGGAAUCCAAAGUCAUUUUCAUUCAGUUGAGUGAAUGGGGGUCUUCUCUGGAAUGCGUCACCAACAAAGAGUUUACAGCACACAAAAUGACUCCCACAGGACACUGCCGCGUAGCACACGGAUAUAGAUGCAAUUUCCUUCCAAUAGCCUGAGGCUUUGUAGCUCCCAAACACUGUAUAUUUUUUUGUCAGUGUGUGAUAUCACAGUGCAUGGUCAAGGCAUUAGCCUACUGAUCGUGACUUGGCAAAAUCUUAGCACUAGCUUUGGCCUAGUCGCGGAAGAAGCCAGUGCAUUACAAUACAAAGAGAAGAACGAGGUAAAAAUUAUUAACAUAUUAUAUGCAUCUUUUGCAAAAACAUUGUAAGUUUAAAUGUUUUUUGCAAAAACAUUUAAACUUAAGCAUAAACAUAUGCCAAACGAUUAUACAUAUUGCCAUGCAGUCAGGCUUAUAUUUACAUAUUAUAUUUGUGCCUGCACGACGCCAUGUUUUAAUAUCGAAAAAAAUAUUCCAAGAUUGUGUGUGUGUGUGUAAGCACACUAAAAAAAAGUAAAAAAAGAGUUAAAAACAAAGUACUUUCUUGUACUCAAAGGUACAGUUUUCCUUAUUGUACCUUCAACAGUAUAAUAUUGGUCUUUGCAGGAUCAGAUUUUCCCUCUAAAGUAAAAAGUCUUUCUAAACAGCAGGAAGUACAGAUUUGUACCAUUUAUCAGCCAAAAGGUACAUUCGGUAAUCUGUUUCACUGUACUAAUAAACAUGCAUAUUUUAAUUAUACGUUUUUCAUUUGAAAGCCAGACAAUUUUGAAUCAUAAAGUUCUUGAUACAUGUUUAAUUUAUGAUAAUGUUUAUAAUGUUUAUAAUCUUUAUUGGUGCAAAAAACAUAGGUACCAAAAAUGACUUACUUUGUUGUAGCUCAAUAUAAGGUACAGCCCCAGCGACACGCUCUGUACUCUUUUAAGUACAAAUCUGUACUUAUUUUUCUUAGUGUGUGUGUGUGUGUGUGUUAAACUAUUAUAUUUUCGGUAAAGAGGUCAAAUAAAAUCUGUUAACACAGAUAUAUCAUACAGUGGUAUAACAAACGGAGAAUUCUGGGUCAUACAUGUUUAUAUAAUUUGUGUUUCAGUUUGUGUAUUGCAAAUACAAUCUGAAUUAAAGAGACAGAAUUUCAUUUAGGAUUUUUUUUGUAGUGUUUAUUUGGCAUGGACGCACUAUUUGUAUUUUGAAUAGUCAAUGGCGUGACCUAACCUAAGUUUCUCAGGUCAAAUAACCUGAAGAAAUGUAGGGCCAAACGCAAUACGUUGUUCAACGUCUAUUUUGGAAUUGGAAACGAAGUAAGGAAUACAUUUAUGUGGUUAAGUAUACCUAUUUUGGACUAUACCAAUGUGUACUAUACCAAUCGUAAACAGUGCCUUAAAACGUGCUAGAUUAGACAUAGGGUUAAGGCCUAAGGACCAUCAUACACUUUCGUUUAUUUGUUUAUUCCUGUUACACACAAACUACAAUUGAGGUCAAAAAAAUGCAGGAAAUUGCAUGAUUAAUGUUGCACAGUUUUCCCCUCCCUCACAAUACACGAAUAGGUUGUUUAUUCCUACAAGCCUACACAUGCAACAUGUAACUAUGACAUAAAACCUCGUCCACUGAAUGUUACUUUCCCAUAUAUGGUUGUAGGUGCAUAUUUGAACGUGGCCCCUGCGCAGUUUUAGGUUAGGCUUAUUGUGCUAUUCUUAUGUCAAUUUAGUACAAUCUAGAUUCCUAGUGUCGCUUUUACUCAAAGGAUUGUUACUGGCCCUUGAAAUACGUACAUUGAUAUAAGUGUAUGUAACUGUAUGUGUGUCGUCUACUAUUAAACAGCAUUGUUUGAUAUUAUUCUGGUACUUCAUCAACUUUAUUUAAUUAAAUAAUAAUAAUUAUCCUGAUUAAGAAUAAGUGGACAAACCUAAUUAUAUGCUAAUUCUAAAUAAUAUGCGGAACGGUAUUUUACUUCUUCCUACUUUAAGUAGAACCAAUCUAGUAUUAACUGAUCUUAAUACCACGCAGCUUUACUUAAUAGCAAGUAACAAAUUAAUUAUCAUAUUUCAUAAAUUUCAGGAAAAAAAAAACAAUAAAUGUUAUAACCCAAAUGCAGAUCUUCAGGCCUUUCUCACGUGGAGAUUGAUUGUUAAACACCAUCCUAUUACUACUCGAUGUCUCGAAGCUAACAUUUCUUAAUAAGCAAUAGAUUUAUUUUAAGAAAAAGAGAGAAAUCAAAUUGAAUAUAUUGUAUCAAGGACAAUAAUGCUGAGUUAAUCAAGCCGCGCGUGUAGUAAUGUUGACACAUAAAGGGAGGUGCCGUGGUGUUUAACGACCUUUUUAAUCAUCGUCACCGUCGACUGGCAUCUGAAGGGUAAGCCAUGCUAAAGUGAGGAAAGUGUGAAUGCGCAUAAAACAUUUUUGUUUUGACUUUUUUUUAGCAUUUACAGAAAAUUAUUUCGUUUAACGUGUGUUAAUUACCUUGUACCGCUUUCAUAUUAUUAGCAGUAUGGGUAUAUAUUGCUGCUUUGAGUUAACAAAGAGCCAACAGCGUAGCCUGAGCAACCGGUCUUGCACAUAAUGUGCACAAACUUAUUCUUAAUCUUAAAAACAAAAUCAAAAUUUCUUGCUGUUGACGUCACUGUAAAAUGGCCGCUAGAUUAAAUAUGUUUGUGAAGCACAAGCAAACUUACCUACAGCUUUAUUAGUUAUGUAACCCAGUAGUUCUUAUGUGAAGUAAAAUAAAAAAUGUAAUACUUACUUUUCCUACAUUGAAGUUUGAAUAAACUCUACUGCAUGCUGUAUAAGUAUAUUACCUUUUAGCCAUGCAUUUUUUGGUAAAAGUGAUUUAUAAUUUCUUAAAUCUCAAACAAAAAACAGCUACCGAAGUUACAGUAAAGACUUUCCAAAAAUGUGUGCAGAACAGUAGCGAUAAACGUGCCGUUAACUUUGCUUACACAGAAGAAGACUGUCUAGCCGCACAUACGCUUGUGCAUGGCAAUGAGACGAGACUGCACAGAGAAUUGUCAACACUGCACCCACUUUAUGGCCUCCGUUUGAAACUCUACCUCACCAUAAAUAUUUAUUCUUAAAAAUGUUUUCUGUAAAAUACACACUCACGCUAGUUUAGGUGGUUCACAACACCGGCAGAUAUAAAAAUCACAAAAUAAAGUGCAAAAUUAAUAUGCAUUUAAAAUGAAUUUAAAUUAAAUUAGGCUGCAAUUCAAUGCAAGUAAUACCACAUUCGCUCUUGUACACAUUGACAUUUAAGUAGUGCGCCUAGCAUAUUUUUCACAUAUAUGAUUCAAAUAAUUGACGACGUAGCGUCACAAAAUUAAGCAUUCUGAAAAUAAUCUAAUUGUGAUAUAGAUACACACAUAUAUAUUAAUGAAUCAAUUUAAUCAAUCUUUGUUCUGUUAUUUAUUAUGGCACAGUAUACAAAUAACGUACACAUUUUUGCAUUAUGAAUUUUUUAUUUGUCUAAUACCCAACAUAAAUCCACUAAGCAAAUCGUUACACAGGAAAAUGAGAAACAACAUAAUAUUCGCCACUUCGUACAGACAACCAGAAGGUGAGGUUAAAAAAAACCCAAAAACAUUAGGAUUAAAUUUGGAAGGCAUGUGUAAAUCUGUACAGAUUCUGAGAACUCAUUAAAACCUUAAAUAUUAUAGGAAAUAUAUUUCUAUUAAAUAUCAGUCGCACUGACAUCCACGGUGUC